GCCAUGCAUAUCCCACAAUUCUCUCUCCGUCCGUUCUCCUUUCCAUUUCCACCGCCGUUAUCCAUCCAGCCCAUCGCCUCCUGGCUCCCCGCGAUCUUCUUGCGUAAUAUAAACAGGACCAAGAUGGGCGCCUCUUCCACCCGUGGCGAUAUCACACUCCGCAUUUCGUUGCCUGCUUGGUUCAUGUGUCAUUAGGCCCAGGUUUCAUGGGGGAGCACCGUGUAGGCGAACGACGUCGAGGAGGUGAAGGCGUGAUCGUCGGCGCCGGCGGCAGCGGGGACGACUCGGCGUCCGAGUCGAUGGCUGCCAGCUUUGAUUCCGGCGCGUCCAGCGGAUCGCUGUGCUCGUCGAUCAUGUCCAGCCUGACAGACGACGACGACGACGCCGAGUCUUCCCCGGUGGCGGGUGAUCCUACGUCGUCUUCAUCGUCAUCGCCGUCGGAUGCGAUGCAGCUGGAAGGGGACGGCGGCGGGCCACUCUACGAGCUGUCGCCGCUGCUGGCGCACCUUCCCGUCAGGACAGGGCUGUCUAAGUACUACAAAGGGAAGUCCCAGUCCUUCACAUCUCUGUCCGACGUCAAAUGCUUGCAAGAUCUCGCAAAGAAGACCACCGCCCGCGUCUGCAGGAAGGCGAGCCGCUCAUCGAUUUCGCUUCAUGCUCCAGGACCUUUCAGCAAGACGAUAGCGAAGAAGUUGGCGCCCAUGGGUUCUUCGGGCCGGGGGCCGUCAAGAGCAUGGAGCAGGGGCCUUUCUCUCAGAAGCGGUAAACCACCUGCUUACCAGAGCAAGAAAGAGUUGUGCAGUAGACAUGAUAUGCUAGCUAAAGGUGAUGCAAGGUUUUGUAACAUGGGAUGAGAUAAGAUCUACCAGAGAUGCAGUCACCGGAGACAAAAAGAAUACUUCCGCAUUAAGUGUCUUUGUUUGCUAGUAGAGCUUUCUGCAAUUGAAGCUCUUGGAAGCAAAUUUUGCUUCCAUUUUCACC